UUCUCUUCCUCUCCAUGUCCAUUCAGUCGCUGCAAGAGUGAGGUAGCUAUAUCAACAUCAUGGAGAAAGAGCAUAUUUUGUAGUAUGAAUAUGAAUUGACCUGUAGAUGUCACAUUGUCCUCUCACUCAGUCGGGCGACAGAGAGGGGAUGUAAGCUACAGUUUGAUAGAGAGGUCAGAGAGAUUAGUUCAAGGGACAUGUGGGUCAUUGAGAACGGGCGCGGGCCAGAGCCUUGCUGGGGGAACAGACUGGACAGAGAACAGCAGGACCAGAAUAACCAUCCCACCAGGCUCCUGGCCCGGCCCAGACAUCCAGUCAACACCAUCACCUGGCAACAUGGCUCCUGCUCAGCACUCCACCAAGACAGGGCACCUUGUUAUCUGUCCUUUGUCAGUAAGGCCAUCUUGUGGGAUCGAGGACUCUACAACUACACAGACCACACUGUCCGUGAUGGACGUCCUUCUCUGUGUCCUCGUUUCCUGGUUCACAUGAAGGCCUGCCCUGCAGACCUCAGACCCCCACGUCUCCUAUCCAGUAACCCCAGGCCACGUCCUCCUCGCCAGGAAUUGACACAACAAAGACACGCCCUUGGCGGCCUGAAGAUGCAUUCAUGUGCAGACUCCAGGAGCCUGCAGCACUGCAGCACCACCAGAGGGAGGCGCUUAGCUGUUGUUGUUCCCUGUGUACCAGUGCCAGUCUCCCCCUCUCCCAGCAGAGCCUCCCCUGAGCUCUCAGUCUGUCCAAGUCCAACAUCCUCUACUGUCACUGACUCUGGGCAGCAGGGGACUGGAUACAACCCUGCUCCAUCAUCAGCCCUACCUCAUGUCCAUACUCAGAAAGGAGAGAAGGAAACAGAGGAUGGUGUUAAAGAGAUGGAUGAAGGCACUUCGGCUUCCUCAGGGGCCUUCCGCCCUCCAAGGCCAGACCAGGAGCCCAAUUCUGUUCCUGAGGACAUAGACCCCUCAGUUUCUCCAAUCCCUAGUGUCUGUGAGGGUUCUCUCUCAGACUUUAGCCGCCCACCAUCCAGCCAGUUCAGCCGAAGCACAGACCUGGGUAGUGGCCGGAGCAGUCCUCUAUGUGCGAAUCUGAGUGACCUGGACUCAGAGGGUGGCUCUCCUCUCUCCCAGCAUGGCUCCUCUUCCAUGUCCCUGUCUGCUCUGGCCUCCUGCACCCCACAGGACCCCCCAGCACACCAGCCCCCAAACCCAGCCCCUCACCAACCUCAACACCAUCCCCUCCCUCACCAGGCCCAACACUGCCCACCUGACUGGACCACCACGGAGCCCCAGCCAGGCCAUGUCCUCCCACCCUACUCAGACCCAUCCCUGGACCCCAACCCUGACCAUACAACCCUAGCUUUCCCCUCAGACACCUGGCAGUCCUGCCCCAGCCCACAGUGCAGGAUAACUACUCGACCAGGGUCAGGGUUAGGGUCAGGUUUGACCUCAUCUCCUGUGGUGGUGGAGAGUCAGGACUGGACAUCACACCGCUGGUCCGUCCUUCCCCCCAUCUCUCCUGUCAGAGGUGGCAGUGACACAGUGUCCUCCUGGUCCCGCUGUUCUCAGGUCAGCUCUAGCCAGUCCCAUGUGUUUGAUGAACUGGAGGCCAUCGCCCCGCGGACCGGCUCCUGUCUGUCCCUAGACCAGCCACUCAGCCCAGCAGACUGCAGCCCACCUGGUACAGAGAUGUCCCCAGGCCUGGCUGCUCUGACAGUGGGCUGUGACUCAGGGGACCUGGGCUCCCUGUCCCGUGUGCAGCUCCUGCUCCUGGACCGGUCGGACCCUGUGGAGCCCCACUGGCUCGCUGGUCAGGACAUGUACUCCCCAACACAAGACGGAACAACAGGCCACACAGCGGUGCUCCGAGCCAGAAGAUCUCUUAGUCCAACGCUGUAUACUACAGGCGUCCUGCAGCCCCUCACAACUGGCAGCUGUGGAGACGGCAGUGUGUCUGAGAGGUGUGUCGCCACAGGCAAAGUCCAGGGACAGGGUGAGCACACAAUGCAGUCCCACACCAAGGAUGGUUCUAGGUCACCAUCGUCAUGGAUCAGUGAUUCCAGUCCAUCAGGCACCAUAUCCGGGUCCACCAGUUCCCAAUGCGAGUCCUGCUGUGAUGGGGAGGAGUCCGAGGGAAGUGACCAAACCAGCCAGGCCCUUACCACCUUAAAUGACAGGGGCCCCAGCCCAGACCAGGGGGUUCCAGUGAAGGAGGAGCCUGGUUGCCCUGAUCGGGGGGAGCGAGGCUGGGCUUCCACAGGGGCCAGGAGAAGGCCCGGGAGGCUGGAGCGCAGGAUGAGGGAGAAGGAGCGAAAAAGGGAGGAGAGAAAGACAAAGGUGCUAAACAUCUACUCCAGACUCCAGGACAGCGGGCCCCUCCAGCCCAGCCGCAACAGGGGCCGCUCCAGGUUUGAGGACUUCGACUUCUUGGCAAAGUAUUGCAUUUUCAGCCAGGAGAAGCUGGCAGAAUACAAAAGGGCUUUUGAAGCGGUUGACAGCGAUGCUGAUGGUUACAUUUCCUGCCUGCAAGUGCUGCUGGCACUAAAGAAGAUCAUCCCUCCAGAGCUGCUAACUGAUGAAGAAGAGAUAUAUGUCUACAGGAUCCUGGAGAUGGUGGAUUUCAGGGUGACAGAUGGACUUACAGACCUGAGGCUCUUUGCUGUGAUUGCGAGCCUGGCGCAGAAAAUAGCUACCAUGGAUGUAUUUAUGCGUUCCCUGAUAAGCAAAAUGGACUUCCAUUCUUUGGCAUUAAAGCUAUACAAAGCGAAGCAGCUGUUCAUGUUCCUGCUGGAGGGGCAGUCAGGGGGCGCUGUGGCCCAGCAGGGCUGUAUCAGCGCAGAGCAGCUCCUAGUGGAGCUCAAGGCUGGGGGCAUCCGACCAGAACAAGAGGAAGCCAUCAAACAGGAGCUCCGACACAUCAGCUCCCUGGACCUGCUGGACUUCCUGGCGUACCUGCCCCUCUUCGUCCUAAUCCACAACUCAGUCAUCGCCAACCCACUGGAUGACUCCAGCAACCUGUGAUGUCAUCGGCUACACAGGCUUGACCCCUAUCUGUCAUUAGCUACCACACACUGUGGCAACAGGGUUCCAGGGUUCUCUUUCUAAAACGAUAGCCAAUGCACUUAAAGCUGUUUUUGAGAUGUGGUUUUUUCGGGGGGUGGGGGGCACAUUUAAUGUAACAAGGUCGACAUUCUGAGACAUUUCUUCAAAGGGGCUUUGGAGACACCCUUUGGAAUAUGCAUUGAUAAAUAGCCUACUGAAGGUGGACGUCUAAGCUUGAGAAUGGUGCUGUCUAUGGUACUGAAAUAUGCAGGGAUUUUCAGUUGCGGUUCAUGCAUCGAUAAUGCACUGAAUAGGGACAUAACACGUUUAGACUCCAGUUAGACAAGGGAUACACAAUUGUUGCUCAUGGGGGGGCGAAUCCUAAAAUGCAAGAUGCAGGUGCAACUUCAAACUUUUGCACAAAUUAAGCAUUGAUUUAAUGCAUGAUUUAUGCCAAACCUUUGUGCGGGUUUUUAAGAUAGAGGGGGUGAAUAUAAUGGCUCUCCACCGCUUUAGUAACUGAGUAAUGUGGCAUUAUGAAAAUAAAAUAAAUGAAGCAUGACCUAA